GGCAGCAUGUGGAGAGAAAACAGUUAAUAUUUCGAAUCACGUUGGACUCCAAUUACUAACGCUUCUCUCUCCGAGAUGCUGCCUGACCAGCCGAGUUUCUCCAGCAUUUUCUGUUUUUACUUCACAUUUGGAGGGUGGCCCGUUAAAACAACGACUUCCAGUAGCUGUCUCAUGCUAUUGUUAAGUAAGUUUGAAUAGUCAUGGGUCUGUUAACGGGAGACAGAUCACCCCAUCUUUUUUUGAGAUUCCUUCUGGCUUUAAAGAUAAGCCACGACACGUGACUUACUGCAAUGUUGCGAGCACAUUCCAAGAAGAAAAUGUUUUCUGACAAAGUGAAACUCUCAGAACUGCUUUUAGUUUUAUAAUUGCAUCACAACACAAAAAAGAUUUCCUGAACUCAAUUACAGGCAGCAGUACUCGCCUCUAGAUCUAAAGAGCAGUUCAAUGGGAAAUCCGGGCGUUUGAUAGCAAGCUACUCUCGAAUUUCCUUUUGCAUUCGGUUACUGCUGUCUGUCUGUGCACAUAUGUGCUCACUUGUGUGUCAUGUCUGAGGUAAACUCUCCAAGGUUAAUCGUGCAUAGUCCAGCAAACGACAGCUCCACAGACCGAGAAUCACAGGACCUUGGAAGCGAUAACAAGAAGCUCCGAAGAAGAGAGAAAAACCGAAUUGCCGCGCAAAGAAGUCGAAAGAAACAGACGCAGAAAGCAGAUAAACUACACGAGGAAUAUGAAAGAUUGGAACAGGAAAAUACUGCUCUAAAAAGGGAAAUAAGGAAACUUAGUGAAGAAGUGAAACAUUUAUCAGAAGCUUUGAAAGAUCAUGAACGCAUUUGUCCACUGAUACAGUGUGCCAUGAACUUUGUCACAAUGCCUAGGCCUCACUCAGAUGGACUUCCCAGCUGUUUACCACGUCCUGGUCAAAGUGAAGUCUCUUAAAUGGCACUGAAAUUGCAAAAUUUAAUUUUAUCACAGAAGAUUCUGAUACAUUGUCAAAUGUUUGAAUGUGUUUGAUUUUUUUUUGUAAAUAGAGAGUCGUGAGGACAUUAUUUAUGAGAUGUUGGACCAUAUUAUGAACUGAUGCUGCUGUGAUCCUGUGCACUGUCAUGCCAAAUCUGAAGACAUAGACACACUUAUAGUGACGUGAGCAAUGUGCAGUAUGGUGAGACUUGUGGAUGAGUACGACAAGAAGUCAGCAAAUCCGAAAAUGGUGUUGCAAGCAAUUCAUUAUAUCUUUUAUGUAUCUCCAGAGCGGUGUGGCAAGUUUCUCACUAGACACCAGUGGAUUGCUAAUUAAAGGGAUUAUUAAGUGCCUUGUUAUGCCACAGUUCACUUCAUUAAUAUUCAGCUUCCUCUCUUACCUAAAUACAUUGCACUAGGGAGGUCAGAACGGGUAUUUGACAACUUCAGCUUGCUACUUGGCGGCAAUAUCUCAGGGCACUCUCUAAGCACCCUAUAUCCACAGACAUUGGCAUCCAAUAUGUGCCAACCUCUAUGAAUGUUAAUGACACACCUCCAACUCACUUAAAAAAUACUUCAGCACUUCAGUGCUGCACCUCAGGUUGCAAUGCUGCUACAGGGACACUGCAUUCAGGGACUAGCAGCCAUCUCAUGGACCAGACCUGGCUGCAUCUCCGGACUGUGUGCUUGUUGUCACAGUGAUCACUUGCUCUGAGCCUCUCUGAAUGCUGUUGGUAUCCCAGUCUUGCAUUGCUUUGCCUUCCCUUUUUGCACUGUGCCCCCUCAGCCAGAGAUACCAGGUUUACGGUGCAGCUAUAUUGCCUUGCCACUUAGUGCAGACACAAAGUCAGAAAAACUGUCAUGGAUAUCAGCAGUCCUCAGUUAAGACAAGGGUGGUAGCUUUCCCUCAGAGUGUCUCAGAACAGUAAGUUAAGGGCACCCUUCGAAACCAGUCCAGGGGCUUGGUCAGGGUCAAUCAGCCACUUGGAGCUGUCAGGGUCAGGACACUUGCCAUGCAAAAGGUGAGAAGCCAAAUGUCAGGUAGGUCACCACCCAUCUUGACUCUUUCUGCCCUACUGUGGGCUGUUUUCCUCCUGGAUUGAGAGACAGAGAUUAAUGGAGAUGAAAGUGGAAAGCACAGUUGUGGGGAGGGAACACAGGGCUAGUGCUUUCAGGGGUUGGAAUGGUCGAGAGCAAGCGAGUGAGGGAACAUGUUGCAGGCAAUUGUGAGAGUGGCAGAGCCUUGAUGGGCUUGAGUACAGUGACACAGUGAGUGUAUGGUAUCCAAGGGAAAAUGGUAGCACUUACACUGGCCAUGUGGAGAAGGACCUUCCUUCUGGGCAUUCCGCCAGUCAGCUGAGACUGCACUACUCAAGCCAGAGCAGUCUGGAAUGGUCUGCUAUUGUGGCUUCCUCUGCUGGUCCUGGAGGAAGAGGCCUGUGAACCACCCCCAUCCAGCAGGACGUACAGGUCCCUUCCCACAAUGUGGGUGCCCACUUUCCGUUGUCUACCAUGUCCAAGGUACAUGUCAGGAACCAUGCAGGGCAGAUCGCACUUGACGCGCUUGUCCUGGUGCACAGCAGCUUUUUAUAGGCCCCAGUGCCAGGAAUGCUUGUCAAUUCUGGGAUAUCCUGGGAGUGGCAAGUUGUCCUAUGAACUGUGCCAAGUAAGAUAGGGCUAGAAUUGGACGAGAGGGACGUCAUAGGGGCAGGGUAUGUAGUUGAUGAGGCUAUUUUGGUAAGACACGGUAAGAAAUUUUGCUAGACUAUAGUAAAAAACCCACCAAAAAAUCUCAACACAGUUGGCACUUUGCCAAAAAGUAUGAAAUUCAGCCCAUAAAUUUUUUUUUAUUUUGCAUAUUGUUCGGGGAAUAUGUGUAUAAUGCUCCUCUCAAAUCAAAUGCUAUAAGAUCCUUAGCAGUUGGAUAGUCACGUAACCGAAACCUGGCACGCAUCUUAAUUUUAAACACAUCCGCACAAAGGCAGGCCAAGAGAAUAUAAUAAUUGGUUACACAAUUUAACAAGCUUUGUAGUGAACAGUAAGAAAGUCAGCUUUUUGAGAGAAACAUUCUGAAAUUUUGCAUUUGUUUAGUAAAGCUUUGCAUCCCCAACACCUUGCCCCUACGCUUCCCUUUUAGCUGUAUUGACAUCGUCAUAAUUUUUGAAACCAGCAAGUAGUAAAGUCUGUUCUGUCCUGAAACAAAAAUAAAACUGACCAAAUACAAA